AUGCAGGACCCUGUUGAGGGCUUAGAUGGGAGAGCAGGGGUUGAAGAAGGUGAGGAUAGCCAACGGAGGCCUCAAGCUCCUGAUGCCCAGGCUAGCUCUCAAAAUUCAGCAACUGAAGGUGAUCAUGGCAACGUCCCUCAGAGUUGCCCACAAGAUUCUGGGAGACCAGCUGUUCCUGGGACCCCGGCUGCUCCUGGAAGUCAGGCUGCUCCAGGCAGCCCCAGCCCAGGGAGUGCUGUAGGGUCUGGAGCAGCANCUGAAGAGGCAGCUGUCAUUCCUCACAGCGAGCAGGCGACACUUGUCCCUGGGCCCAGCGGAGAUACUGCAUCAACUGGAAAUCGACUCCUGGAGUUCUCUGUAACAGUGCCUUUCAGGACUGCAGUGGAGGCAGACAUGGCCCGCAGAUCCCUGGUCGCCAAUGCCCGUCCCCAGCAAGCGAUGGUUCAACAGGAGUUCACAGUGAAUGACAGUAUCCUGGCUGUUAGAUGGACUACUGAUGACCCUGUCCUCUUCUGAAUUUCCAUCAACACUUUCCUUGACCAGCUCUCGCUGGUGAUGAGAAA